UCGCUGAGGUCAUAUCAGAAGACGCAAAAAGCUGCAGGAGCACUUUAAGGGGACACUUCAGGGAGGAGUUGGCGGGAGGAAAUACAGAGGCAUCUGGAGACCUUCCACUGUAGCAGGAGCCAAUGAAGGCCUGGGGGGUGCAAUGGGGUCUCCCUCUCAGGAUGCGGGUCCCCCCUCUUCUCCUCCUGCUCUUCCUCCUGCCCGGGACCCUGCGCGCAGCAGAGAGCCGGCCGUCCCUCCUGUACCACUUCACCGCCGUGUCCUCCCCUGCCCCCGGGGCUCCCGCCUUCUGGGUGUCGGGCUGGCUGGGUCCCCAGCAGUACCUGAGCUAUAACAACCUGCGAGCCCAGGCGGAGCCCUGCGGGGCUUGGGUCUGGGAAAACCAGGUGUCCUGGUAUUGGGAGAAAGAGACCACAGACCUGAGGAAGAAAGAGAAGCUCUUCCUGGACGCUUUCCAGGUCUUGACGGAAGAAGGUCCCCACACCCUGCAGGGUCUGCUGGGCUGCGAGCUGAACCCCGACAACACCUCCGUGCCCGUGGCCAAGUUCGCCCUGGACGGCGAGGACUUCAUGGAGUUCGACCUCAAGCUGGGCGCCUGGAAUGGGGACUGGCCUGAGGCCCUGGCCAUCGGUCAGAGGUGGGCACGGCAGGCUGACGCGGUCAACAAUGAGAAGACCUUUCUGCUCUACUCCUGUCCCCACAGGCUGCUGGGGCAUCUGGAGAGGGGCCGUGGGAACCUCGAGUGGAAGGAGCCGCCCUCCAUGCGCCUGAAGGCCCGACCGGGCAGCCCCGGCUUUUCUGUGCUCACGUGCAGUGCCUUCUCCUUCUACCCGCCGGAGCUGCAGCUGCGAUUUCUACGGAACGGGCUGGCAGCUGGCUCUGGCGAGGGCGACCUUGGCCCCAACGGCGACGGCUCCUUCUAUGCUUGGUCGUCGCUGACAGUCAAAAGCGGCGACGAAUACCACUACCGCUGCUGGGUGCAGCACGCGGGGCUGGCACAGCCCCUCACUGUGGAGCUGGAAUCACCAGCCAAGUCCCCGAUGCAAGUGGUUGGAAUCGUCGUCGGCGUCUUACUGCUCUUGGUGCUAGCUGCAGGAGGAGCGCUGCUGUGGUGGAGGAUGAGGAAGGGGCUGCCAGCCCCUUGGAUCUCUCUCCGUGGAGACGAUAUAGGGGCCCUCCUGCCUGCUCCUGGCCUGCCCAAGGAUGCUGACUCUUAGGAUCUAAAAUGCAUUCCCAGCAACUUCUUGACCCCCUCCCCCAGCCUGGCUGCCACCAGCUAAUGUAGUCAGGUUCCUUUCAUGCUGUGAGACCUCCUGGAAUCCUGGUAUUUCUGAGCCUCCAGAAGGAGUCCUGAGCCCGACGUCCUCCCUCUGGAUUCCUACUCCUGUGGUCUGCCUCAGUUUCCUCUCCUGAUAUGUAUGGCUCUCUUCCACCUCCAUGUAUAACAUGAAUUUGGGCCCGAA